GGGUCUCCCCGGCCCCCCCAGACACGCUGGAGCCAGGGGCUUGCAGACAUUUUCCAGACGUGUGAACUUUCCUCCUAGCUGGCAGGCAGCUGUUAUCUCUGCUCGAUUCCCACUUUGAUGUGGGUUCACACUUGCAAACGAGCCCGCCCGGGACCGGACCACCCAUAUAAGAGCGGGCCGAGGCCGGCGGUCCCCUAGUCCCUCUCCGCCAUGAGCCAGACUGAGCUUCCUUUGGCAGAGACCAAGCCCUACGGGGUCAGGCCCCACAUUUGCUGCGCACCCCCUCCCCGCGCCCCGACCUCGCUGGGCAGCAGCCCCCUCCUGGCCAGAGCCGAGCCCCGACGGGGGGGACCGCGGCCGAGCCAGCCCGCGGACAGCGAGCCCUGCGCGGCGGAGCGGGGCGCAGCCAGCUCCUGGGAGCCCAGCGACCCCUGCCCGUCGGAGCCAGCCCCCGACGGCGGCUGGCUGAGCGCCGACGAGUCCUCGGGCUACGAGAGCGAGAGCGCGGGUGCGGAGCGCAGCGGCGGGGCGGUGGCACCGGGCGCGACCCGCGGACGGCAGCGGCGGGCGAGGACGGCCUUCACCGCGGAGCAGGUCUGCCGGCUGGAGAAGACCUUCCAGCGCCAGAAGUACCUGGGGGCCUCGGAGCGGAGGAAGCUGGCAGCUGCCCUGCAGCUCUCGGAGAUCCAGAUCAAGACCUGGUUUCAGAACCGGAGGAUGAAACUUAAGAGGCAAAUCCAGGACCACCAGCACAGCCUCGUGUCUCCUGCUCCGCUCUACAGUUACCCACCGGGAUCCCCACCAGCCCUCCUUCACGAGGAGGGCUUUCCGCUGUCUUUCCACUAUCCCUUUGCUCCACAGCACCAGAGACUCCUGCCCCUUACCCCGGUGCCUGCCGUGCAGUUCAGCUUGUCCUUUCCCAGAUACGAUGUAUUGCAAAGCACCUACCACUUUAUGGCAAAUGAGCUGCCAUACUAUCAUCAGCACUGGCUUCCUCCUCAUCCUUCUUUCCAUCCAGUUAUUCAGAAUAAAAUGGACAAGAAAUGCCAUCCUGCAUUUGCAUUAUAGUGAAAACAAAAGGGGGCAGACAAAGGGGAAAAUUGAUGUAUGCUGUAAUGUAUUAUGUCCUGCUCAGAAUUUCUUGUCUAACUUGGAAUCAUAUGCUUAUUAUUUUCUAAGUUAAAUGUGAAGAGUAAUAAUUUUAUAUUUGUACUGAAUAGUAUUAAAAUUUAUUGGAUGUGGUGCCACACAGUCAUUUUUGGUUUGAUAUCCCUUUGAAAAAGGCCUAUUUUUUAAAUGCAGGUAGUCUACCAUCUUUUGAUUUCUAGAUGUGCUGAAGGGUUAGGCACUGUUGAAAUGAGUAAUUAUGCUACAGCCAUGAUGCACUUGCAGUUCCUGUGCCCACAGCUGCUUUUUUUUUUUUUUUUUUUUUUUGUGCCUACAGCUGCUGAAAGGGAACCGGAGGGAGAAAAACCAUGGCAAAAACUCAAAAACUUGCAAUUGUCAAAUUUCUCACAGUGUAGGAUAAACUUAUUAAGUUUAGUCUGCAAUUCAAUGUUAAGAAACUGGUUUCGAUUGCACACCCCCGGUUUCUCAUAUAUAUAAAACCUGAUAAGUGUUACAUGUGCAAACUGUUUAAAGGUUGCAUUUGUGCACUGCUCUUUUGUGUAAUGGGGAAGAAUUUAGAUAUUUUAAUGUAUAUUAUCUGAGUUUCCUACACUGACGCUGAGAGGUAUAUUCUGAGUAUUGUGUAUUUGGGAGUCUGGACUUUGCCGGUUGUAUUGUACUGUGCAUUUGGUUAAGUGCACCCUCUGAGGCACAACACAGGAGGAAGAUGUAGGUGAGUUUCUCUUCUGAAUAUUAAUUUAUUGCUUUGCACUUCCACUCCGUUUUCCGCAUGAGAACUUCAGUUGUGUUAACCACAAAUGGUAAUUACGCCUAUGUGUCUUUAAACAGUGAUUAAACAGUUCAAAUCUUCACUACAGUUUUAAAGUGUUAGAAUUACCAAAACCAGUAUCUUGUAAGAGAUUUAAGAGCAUAAUUAGUGUUCUGUUAACAGCCAUAUUAUCUCAAUGAGAUUUUAAUCUGCAAAUGUGCCCUUUGAUUCACCACUAAAUGCUCAUUGUAAUUGCAUAUUGAACUUUAAAAAAAUAAUAAUUACUUUUUACUUAAAAAAAAAAAAAGUAAAUUGAUCCUUUUAGGACAAGCAGCAUUUAAAGGAAACGUCUUUGGUUUUUACUCUAGCAAUCCUGAAACUUUUUUUUCCUCGCAUGAGGAAAAAGGGGGUAGUUCUUCUCAGGAUCACAGUUUUCACUUCUCUCCUCAAAGGGGUUAGUUAGCACUCGAUCUUUAGACUUUAAUUAUGUUUCUUUAAUUCAUUAAACGUUCUUCUAAAUGCAUUAACUAGGUUGAUUGCUGCAUUGUAGUCUAAAUUUUCCCUUUUCACCUUCUAAUCCAU